AGUACACUUUUGGCAAAUUUUUACAUCGUUAUGGCCCAGACUAUACUCGAAGGUCAGUUGAAUGCUUGGGUGAUCUAGCCUGAUAGAUUUGAAAUUUAUCUCUCCUUGAUAUCAAAGGGUGGUUUUUCCCUCCUGCAAGUAUCUUGUUGAAGUACUGCCUGUCUGUGGAUUGGUCAGCAUAAAAGAACUACAAUGCGGGAGUGGAUGUAUUUUUUCCUGUUUUAUCAGUCUUCACGGUGGAAUUUCCGUAAUUCAACCUCUUGUUCGUAUGGAAUAUCUUUCUGAAGGCUUCGAUUGUUCCGUGAACUAUUUAACAUUCGUGACAGUGGUGCAGAAGUGUUGAAGGCUCCAAGGCAAGAGAGUGAUCACUGAUGCCAUGAAAAACUCAAACGACAAAAGUUGAAAAGAACGUCAUCCAGGAGAGUCAUUGUGGAAUCAUCUUGGGUCAUUAGCUCAGGGUCGACUUGCUUCAGUGGACUUCAGAGAAGACAUUGGGCUACUCAAGAACUUGGACUGAGAAGACUCCGUUCGAAUGUGUAACCAAACACCUUGAACAUAUGUUCGCCUUUUAGCUCAAACUCUCAAGUCUGAAAUUGCUGAUAAACACUUAUCUGACAGAUGAUGCGAUAAUUCUCAGUAAUGAGUCUUCACUAAUAGGGUCCAUUAGAGAGUUGUUCUCUUCCCAAGCCGUUUUUCGAGACCGACGCAGUUUUCAGCAUCGUCAUUCGAAGGAGAUCGUGCUGGGAACGAAAGAUGUUGAUCGCUCAGCUGUGGUGUUUACUCUUUGGAGCAACGAUAUGCGCAGAAGUAAGAUCCCUCUCUUUGAGUCAUUCUGAGGACAACAUACGUUCGGAAUUAUUCAAAGGAGCAGAACAAGCCAUGUUGCAAAAGAUGGGCUUACAAUCCCGCCCCAGACUAAGAAAGGGAGAAAAAGAUAAAGUACCUCAGUAUAUGCUCGACUUGUAUCACAAUCACAUCAAUGAUCCAGAAUGGAUUUCUACCAAUUUUAGAAACAAGGGGAAAUGGACCUUUGCCAAUACCAUCCGGGCAUUUGAUCAUGAAGGUGACCAUCUGCCUGUUCCAAUGUCAGGAUUGCCGACAAACCGAUGGAACCUCUUCUUUGACAUUCGUUCUCUUCCCAGUCAAGAAACCCUGACAGCAGCAGAACUUCGUUUGACGUUUUCAGGCGGAAAGAAUCACUCCAACGAAACCGCUCCAGUAGUCCAACAACUUGUGGACAUUCAUCAAGUGAUGUUACCGCAAACAGCUGGGCAUCCGGCUAUAACUCGUUUGAUAGACACGAGAAGAACGGCUGGUCAUGGAAUAGAAAUUUUUGACAUUAAACCAGCAGUUCAACAUUGGGCACUUAAUCCCGAUGAGAAUUUUGGCCUUGAGGUGCGUCUUGUCACCACUGAUGAAUCUCCAAAAGUUCACAUGAGCGCUGACAAAAGAGCGACAAAAGACACUAAACCACUUCUGGUCACGUUCAGCCACGAUGGGACACAACACGUCUAUCGCCGUCGUAAACGAAGAAGUCGACGGAGCACAGGAAACCGUAUGGCGAAAGACAGCACCUACUGUCAAAGGCUCCCUCUAUAUGUUGACUUUGUAGAGGUUGGGUGGAAUGACUGGAUCGUUGCUCCUCCCGGAUACCCGGCAUUUUAUUGCAAUGGAGACUGUCCCUUUCCAAUCGCAGAUCACUUGAACACCACAAAUCAUGCCAUUGUACAGACCCUUGUAAACAGUGUAAAUGCAGACGCUGUGCCACGUGCCUGCUGCGUGCCCACAACGCUGAAUCCCAUCAGUAUGCUUUUCGUGAACGAGCACACCAAAGUGGUGCUUAAAAAUUACCAGGAUAUGGUGGUAGAUGGAUGUGGAUGUCGGUAAAAGAAGGGAGGAGGAGGAAGUAACAAAUGCUCAGAAUCCCUGAAGCUAAACUGAUGUUAGAUUGCUUCCGUCGUAAGACACAACUGAGGCGAAUUUCUUAGCGAAUGGUCAAGGUCAACCAUAAGAUCGUGUCCAGUGCUGCUGCCAUCGGUCUUGGCUUCUUCACCAAGGUGACCACAACGUGGAACAGAUCUCAGUUUUAAAAAUUGCACGUGCAUUGCCAUGAUGGAUAAUUUAUAAACACAGAAACAUGUGUAUAUAACGACUGUCGACAAUAAUUGAUACGUCGACGAAGUAAAAUAGAAGUCAAUGAAAAAAAAAAAAAAAAGGGAUUGCAA